GAGACUUCCCUGUGGCACUGGCCUGCCUUGCUGCCAGGUGGGCUGAAGGCACAGGGAGCAGUGCCUUCCACUUCUCUCGGUGAGGCUUCUGAUUUCUGAGAAUCACCAUCCUGUUUCCCUUCAGUUUUGGCUGAGACCCAGGUACUGCUUUGGGGCAAUCAACAACAUACCAUGAAUAGCACCAGACACCAGUCUCUGUUCUUUGUCAGUCUGCCUGAGCUGCAAAAACUCUGUGCUGCAACAGUAACACUGAGUUCUCAGAUACCAGAAAGUGAGGCAAGGAGUACACAGAUAAAGACUUGCAGACAAUUAUUAUUCCUGUAUCAAGAAGUCCUUUCUGCACCUGUUAUGGGGACACUGAAUCAAAUUUCGGUUGUGAUGGCGAUACCAUUUUACGAAUCAGGAAUAUGUCAAGCCUAUGUAGAGAGACACGGAGCUACUCUGGAAGCACUGCAAACAGUUACUCCAGCCGUUCUCCAAACCUGUCUCUCCUACACACUUACAGCCAGGCUUGCACCCAGAUGGAACAAGGCUGGUCAUCUCUUGGUGCAAGGGAAAGACUUUUUGUGUCAUUCAGGAAGGCAAAAUGCUGUUGUUAUAGACCUCAAUGUGUCAGAGAGACAGCUUUGCAUCAGUGUGGAGCCUUGCUCAAUUCGGCUGCCACCCCCCAAGCUGGGAGAUUUUGAUAUUUCAGCAAACACCAUAAAGCUGUUUGACAGCAAUGAAAAUACGGUUAUUCAGCAACAUUCCAUAUUAAGUAACUGGUGCUAUGUUUUGCCAAGCAUGAAAAUGGGUCAGAUCAUAAACAUCAGCCACAUAAUUCCUCCAGAAUCUCCUUUCCGUUCAUAUAAGGAUUUUCAGAUGCACUGGAAGAGUCUGUAUGGAUAUAUUCUUCCUGAGGAUCUCGAAGAGAGAAAAAUAUACUUGAGUGUUUACUUCAAACCAAUAGGGGAAAGGUUCUUUACGUACCCUGUAAGUUGCAUCCGAAGUCAGCCAGUGCAGUAUUUCCCCAGAACAGAUGCAGAAAGUGUAGUGAACUCUUUUCUUUCUGACAUGAAGAGCAAUUUUUCACAGCUGUGUGGAUAUCCAGUAAAGAUGACAAGUAAAGCACUUUAUGCUACAAAAGAACUCUCCAGGCCUUCAGUGCAUGAAAUAAAACCUAAGCAUACAAAAUUGGACGGUGAGAUGGUUUGUGUAGUAUCUCUAACGCAGGCUCCUCCAAGAAAACCGACUUUGCCUGGAAUUCCUUCACCUUGCAGUACAGAAAAUAGCCGCUGGAUGGAGUGUUUGAUCCAAGAGCCAGGAGCACACAGUUUUUCGAGUAAGACUACAGGAGGGGUUAGCAUUGAAGCAACAGAGAAGUCAAUGAGCAAGAAGCAAAUACCUGGCGUGCCAAAGUUACCAACGGCAAAAUCUUUAGCGCCACCUGUAAACUCAGCCUUUGAAUCCACGCCCCCAAAAGUCAGCAAAAUUAUACCAAUUUUCAAAGGAAAAUUGAUGCAAAUGAAUGGAAAGAUCACAAGUCAAACAGAUAGGAAGAAAAGGGAAAAUGCUGAAUGGCAUUCACCAAUAAAAAGUGUGGGUGUUUCAUCUUCUAUGCUCUCUGUGCACAAAUCCAGCAUAACUCAGGUUUUCAAACGCAUUCAAGACGUGCCAGUCAAAACUCCUACUGACAGCAGGGCCCUUCAGGUAAAGAACACAAAGACACACCCAAAACAUGGUACACCCAUAUUCCGAUGGAAAACCCAGUCUAGUGGACAAAUUACUAACUCUGAUUUUUCUGAAAACUCUGCUUCAGUUGGGAAUCCAAGUGAAGUCAAUCACAAAAAGGCAAAUUCUCUGUUCUUUCUUAAGCAUGUUGGGCCAGUGCUUCAGAAGUCAAGCACCAGUCCAUGUCUGAAUACACAUGAAUCUCCUACUUCCAGUGCAAGAAGGGGGAAAAAGUUUGCAAGUCAAAAUACUACUCGAUUUUUUGAGAAACAACACCAGUCAAAGGAAGUGCAUUUGCAAAUUUGUAAAUUAGACAAUGAAAUGACAAAUUCCAGUUUGCCACUGCAACAAACAAAGAGAUCAAAUAAAGGAGCUGGGUUAAAUAUUCAUGAAUCUGUCUUCAAAGAUACAGUGUGCAUGGCCAAAAGUGAAGCAUACAAAGCAGCAUGCCACUCUAAGGACUGUACUGCUGAGACAACCAGUCAUCAUUCCAAACCUAACUUUGAACAGAUGAUUGCAGGGAACAAGUAUCUGACAUGUGAAACACUGACCUCAAAACCAACUUUGCCAGACAUGGAGAACAACAUGGAAGCAUCUGUAAAGAAAGGUUGUGCCAGAAGAAGACAGAAAGAAGAAGGUUAUUCAAAGUUAAAGAGAGCCAAAAGAAGUAAAACUUCUACUUAAGAUGUUCUGGAGUAUUGAAAGAAAACACUACAUCUAGGUUCCCAAGAGGGCAGUAACAUACUUCAGAAUCUCUGAACUUUGUGUAUUUUGCUGUUUGCCAUUGGUAGCUGUUUCUGGAUGAAAAUUUGAGGGUUAAAUACAGUCAAAUUAAUCCAUGUAUCAUCAACUUCUUCAGACAGUUCAGGUUCAUAUUGCAAUAGCUGUAUUUCUCUUCACUUCAUUUUUCCAAACUGGAUUUUGUCCUACUACUAUGACAACUUUUGUUUUGUUUUGUUUUUUCUUGAAUGGUGACUGUCAACAUAGUUUUAAUACAUAAUACAAAAACAAACAAACAAACAAAGAAAAAAACCCCAAACAGCAAGCCAAGACAAAUACUAAAAGUGCUAUAUGCUCAGCAUGAAAUCAAAUUAUAUUUUCAUUUUGUCUGGAAGCUGGUAUAAAGGCUUCUUUUCAAAUGCUGUGGUUUAGUUACCUUUCAUAGGUUUAACUGUAUGAAACUGAUCUUUCUCCUGUCUUGCAUGGAAAAGCCUGUAGAGUAGUUGUAUUUCUACCAUGCUAUAUAAAUUAGUGCUUCGCCUGAUCUGUUUCCUAUUGUUGUUUUUAAAAUGCUGCUGGUUGCCAGCAUUUGUCUUG